UAGAGAUAGAGAUUAAUAAACAAAGUUUAGGGUUAUCGAUGAAACCUCAUAUAUUUGCUAGAAAUUUUACUUCUGCAGCAUUCACAGUUUUAACUCCUGUACUGUUAGCUGUAUAUUAUUCAACUUCCACUAUGAGGGCGGUAUUAGUACUAGCGGUUUUGGCGUGCGCCGUGGCCUUGGUGUACGGGGACUUCGUCUGUGGCCGAAGCUACUGUAAGGACCACCCGUGCGACAAGCCCAUAGCGUCGUCGUCCUGUCGCUCCCCUAGCCUGUACCGCGCUAACCACGCCGGCAAGUGCGCCUGCUGCCCCGCCUGCGUCACCCUGCUGUCGGAAGGACAAGCCUGCAAGAAGUACAGCAAGGAGCUGGGCGAGACCCCCUCCGCCGUCUGCCGAGAGCCCCUCAAGUGCCUCAAAGGAGUCUGCACCAACGUCCCGCCCAGGAAAUAAAUCUUUUGUACCGCUCAUAAAAUCGAAUAAAAACUACAAUCAC